UCCGGGACGGAGCAUCAUGGCGAUUGACGGAGGGGGGAGGAACUGUGGUGUUCAUGAGCUCAUCUGUGCCAGACGAGUCUCUCCUGAGCUUCUGGGUGUCCUGUCUUCCAUUGCAGCCUUCAUGGCGUUGAUGGCUCUGUUUUUUCUUUACCUCAGUAACAAGCUGUCAGUGGAGAGUCCAAGCAGUCUGUCACAUCUCAGUGACUAUAAGAACAACAAACCAGGUAUGAAACUUAUUUAAUAUUCAUUUAAAAUUCAGUGCCAGCAUUCACUUACAGAAGACUGUGAUUUGUUUGCUUUUCAUUAGCACAAAAAAACUAUAUAGACAAAAG